AUGGAGUAUCAUAAUAUUAAUAACACACUCUUUGAUGCUGAAAGAGUGACAAGUACUUACGCUGAGAUUUUUUUGGAUGAAAACAGCGCCUCUAGAAUUUGUGAUGAUGAAGCUUCUAUUGAAGAAGUUUCAACCAAAAAAUCGUUUGUGCAAAAAUUAGAUCAAAAAGACGAAUGGAUAUCGCCCAGCGAUCUUCUUGUGACUGUAGUAAAAUUGGUUCCGCCGUUUACAUCAAAAAUUACUCGAGGCAAAACUCAUGAAGGAAUAUUAGACAUUGGUAAUACAGUUUUAGAAAAGGAACGUGCAAAAUUUUUGAAAUCCUUAGAAGCAUUAGUGCAUGACAACGACGCUUCUUGGGCGAACAUAUUGGCUCAUGAAAAACAGGAAGUAAUUAAAAAAGUUAAAAAUAUUUUUCGAAAUAUAUACAAACACAAGAGUGAUAUUAUGAAAUAUGAGAUAUCUAUGUUUUACGAAUCUUCGUUACAAGAUUUGGAAAAGCAUUUAAACUCAGAAGUACAAUCAAAAAUACAAACAGCCUACGCGAAUAUUAUAUCUGAUUUAAAUAUUCAAAUUCAAAAUAACUUACUAAAAGAAAGAAAAAAGCUCGAAAACAUUUUGAAAAAAAAGUUUACUAUUGAAGUUACAAAAUUAAAAAAAUACUAUUCACUUUUACUACGUAAUGAAUUGCAUAGAAAUAAAAUACUAAUAGUCCAAGCUAUUCAGGAGAGAAAUGAUGCAAUAAAAGCAUUUUAUAAACAAAUCGAAGCGGAAAGAAUUACUAGCACUAUGUAUGUAAUGAGCUUAGAGAGAAAAAAAUGCAACAUCCGAAGAAUACUGCUAGAAAAUUUACAAACUGAUGAAAUACGAACUAAACGUAAAAAAAUAGAAGAAAAAGCUGAAGUUAUAGAAAGUUUCAAACGAAAAUAUGUAGGAAUGUUAGAUAUUAAUAAACAUUGGGAACAGAAAAUUAAAAAAAUCUUGCAGCUGUUUUUAAAAUUUAUAAGUUUUUCACUUAAAAUUUUACCUGAACAAACAACUUUUUUAUUAGACUUGGAAAAAUUGAUGAUGUUGCAAUUGAUUGAAAUUAAAAAAAAUCCAGUAAUGUGUACUACAAUUUUAAAAAGUGAUGAUAUUGAUUCAAAUGUAUUUCAAUUUGAGCAGUCAGAGCAAGAAAUACCGGUGUGUGAUAAGAAUCCAUUUAUUGUAGUUGGUGAUUCAUCAGAUCCUAUUCCUAAGGCUUAUGGAAGUCGAGAGACGUUACCAUCUGAUGUUGACUUACCAUAUUUUAGAGUUGGAAGACAAUACUUUUACGCAAAGUGUCAUGGAUAUGAAGGUAUAAAAAAAUAUUUGGAAUCACAAAAAUGUAAAUGUCGUAUUCCACGCGAACUAUCUCCGCCGAAGAAAGUAAGUCAUGUUAAGAUACCAUCUAAAACGACCAGUGAAUCGAUUAAAAAAGAGUCUUCUUUAGAGUCAUUAUUACUGGAAGACAUCGCACGUCUUGAAGAUUGUCCAGUGAGGAAAUGUACAAACUGGAUAAAAACUAAUUCUUUUCCGAAUUUAGCAAACUAUUUAGAAUAUACUCAAGAAAACUACGAACGAGUAACUACCAUUCUAGAAUCUAGAAUCUAUCCAGAUUCUGAAAUGGAAAUGACCCCGUACUUUAUUAACCCUAAAGAUAUCGCAUAUAGUGAGCUGCCGUUUUCUGCAACCAAAGAGCGUCAUCACUCUGUUGGGACACAGUAUUUAAGUUCAGAAGAUCUAAGCUUGCCAAAAAAAAGUUGUCCCUGUGUUGACGAUAUACUUGAAAAAGAUAUGCACAUCAACUCUAAGAUCAACUGUACUUUAAAAACAUCUUACUAUGAAAUUAAUGCAAUACUAGCAAAACGUAACAAAUCAUUAGAGCGAUUAAUGGAUAAAAAUCCAAAUUUAUUAAAAAUGUUUACAGACGAAUCUUUCGAUUAUAAAUUGUAAUUUUUUUUAAUUUUAUUUUAUAUUGUGAAAUUAAAUAUUUUCUUUCAAUAAAAACAUAUCUUAAUUAUAUAAAUUACUAAAAGAUUUAAGGACUUUCUGUUUUC